CUACAUUUCCGAUUUAGUGACCACUCAAUGAAGAGGGAGAACCACACUCUCACCACUGAGUUUGUUUUGCAAGGUUUCUCCAGCUUCCACGAGCACCAGCUCACUCUUUUUGUGGUGUUUCUUACCCUGUACAUCUUAACCCUAGCAGGUAAUAUAAUCAUGACCAUUAUCCGUAUUGAUCAUCAUCUCCACACCCCCAUGUACUUCUUCAUCACCAUGCUGUCCACUUCAGAGACUAUAUAUACAUUGGUCAUUCUCCCAAGGAUGCUAUCCAGCCUCAUGGGUAUAAGCCAGUCUAUCUCACACGGUUGUGCCACACAGAUGUUCUUUUUUGCAACCUUUGGGAUCACUAACUGCUUCCUGCUCACAGCAAUGGGAUAUGACUGAUAUGCAGCCAUCUGCAACCCCCUGAGAUACACAGUCAUUAUGAACAAGAAGGUGUGCAACCAGCUGGUGUGGAGGGCCUGCAGCAUUGGGCUGGUUGUAGCUAUGACACAGGUGACACCUGUAUUCAGGUUACUUUUCUGUGCAACAAAGGUGGCCUACUUCUUCUGUGACAUCCAACAUGUGAUGAAGCUAUCCUGCAUUGACACGACUGUCAAUGAGAUUCUGACUUUGAUCAUCAGUGUUUUGGUGCUCGUUGUGCCUGUGGGUCUGGUCUUCAUCUCUUAAGUCCUCAUUAUCUCUACAAUCAUCAAGAUCGCCUCAGCUGAGGGCAGGAAGAAGGCCUUUGCUACCUGCGCCUCCCACCUCAUUGUGGUCAUUGUUCACUAUGGCUGUGCCUCCACUGUCUACCCCAAGCCCAAGUCAGAGAACACCAAGGAUCAGGAUCAGCUAAUCUCAGUGACCUACACUGUGAUCACCUCCCUACUGAACCCUGUGGUGUACACCCCAAGGAACAAAGAGAUCAAGGAUGCUCUGCUCUGGACCAUUGGAAGGAAGCUUUCCUGA